UGCCUCACAUGCUAGCGGCUUUUCGUAGCCGCUGACAGGGCGAAGAAUGGAGAAAGAAGACUUUAGGUGUGUUGAGUGUAACGAAAAAUCAUCGGAGUUACACAGGGAUUACAGUAACGGCAUCCUGAAGAUAACCAUAUGUGAGUCGUGCCAGAAGCCGGUGGACAAGUACAUUGAGUAUGACCCAGUUAUCAUCCUGAUUGAUGCACUUUUGUGCAAGACGCAGGCGUUCAGACACAUUCUGUUCAACACAACCUUGAAUAUCCACUGGAAGCUGUGUGUGUUCUGCCUGCUGUGUGAGGCGUACCUCAGGUGGUCUGUGCUCCAUGGCUCCGAGCAGAGCAGCGACCCUGCUGACAUCAUCAGGUACACCAAGGAGUGGGAGUUCUACGGCAUGUUUGGAUUGGCCGCCCUCGAGCUGGCGGCGUUCUGCGGCGGCGUGCUGUGGUUCCUCUGGGUGGUGGUGGGCUUCCUGCAGGGCGGGACCCUCGAGCUCGGCCUCCUCCUCAGAGCCCUGCUGCUGUCCUGCUACGGAAAGGUCCUCCUCAUCCCCGCCGUGAUCUGGGAGCACGACUACUCCCCGCUGUGUCUGGGUCUCAUCAAACUGUUUGUGCUCACCUCCAACUCGCAGGCCAUCAGAGUGAUCCUGAACAGCAGCAGACGUCUGUCUUUGAUGGCCGUGUGUCUGGGCCUGCUGUCGGAGACCUGCGUCGCUCAGGCCUGUCGAACGCUGCCGUGGAGCCUCCAGGACAUGCUGACGUUCGACUGAAGGUCUUCCUCGCCGGGACGAGACAAACGGCAGCUGUCUGCCCGAGGACGCCGACCUGUGCCGGAGACAGGCGGCUUUUAAUGAACCCGGAGACGUUCUCAGACAGAGACAGAGCAGCAGGAGAGACGUCACGAUUCUUUUUUCUGCUCUUUCAGGAGAAAAUGAUCCAUCUUCAGUUUGCAGGGAUGUGGAGGAGGAGGCAGCUCACAAGUCAAGACUCCUGUGAGACUUUUAUUUGAUUACUUCGCAGAGAAAGUCCCAGAGAGGAGCUUCAGCGCCGGAGCGUCCCCUGAUCUCAGUGACUCUAAUUCUCAGACUCAAACUCAGACCCUGAUUAGACGAGAACUGCUUCACUGUUUGGACAGGAAGCAGCCAGACCGCUUCACAUUCUUCAGCCCAGUGGUGAAAUUCUUACCUUAACACACACUCACACACACUCACACUCACACACACACACACACACACACACACACACACACUCACACCAAGCACACACACAGACAUCACACACAGACACACACACACACACACACACACAUACACAGGGUACAUUGUCAGAAUGAAAUGGGGAUCAGUGGGUAAAUAAAGCCAACAUGAAUGACUUCCUUAUUAUUUAUUGCCAUGUUGAAAGCUGAUGAUCACCUGAUUGAUUGAUUGAUUGAUUGUUGAGCCUGAUAUGACAUCAUCACCAAGUUCUGCUCAUUAAACACUAAAUCCUCACAUCUGAGAAGCUGGAAAGCAGAAAAUGUUUGAUAUCUUUAAUCCACAUUUGAAUUAAAUGAUUAUUUGAUUAA